UCUCGCCGCCCGCCCUCCCGAAGUCCACGUGGACCUGUGUGUGCGGGGCGGCGCACGGGCUAAAGGCGGGCGGGAAGCAGCGGGAACUGGUCCUUGCCCGGGAAUUCCGGGCCUCUGCCCGCCGGCUUCUGCGCCCCGCGGGUCCCUAGGCGUGGGAGGGGGGCAUGUGCCUCGUCCCACGAAUCGCGAUUCAGCUGGGAAAUGAGUUUGUUGUCGAUUUUUUUUUUCCUUAAUAAUGUCCCAAGGUUACUUUUAGUACUUACGUGGACGCUUAAGAAAACAUAUGCCCUCUAAAAUGUCUUUAUUUUAGUUUUUCCAUUUUCCCCAUGGUGAUAAAUAAUGCGUGGCUGAGACUAUGAAGUUGUUUUAAAACCUAGAUGUGGCCAGGAUGUUCUAGUACUGCCAGUUUAAGCGACUUUUGGGUAUUUCUAAAAAGUUUUACCACAAUGACGUGAAAAAUGUAUUUUCCAGUAUUAAAAUGGUAACGGAUUUAUGUAGUUCCCUAUCAGUAUUGAAGUGAUCAGAUUCAGUGAUCCGUGCAACCUUGAACGGUGACUUAUUUGCACACGUGCUUGAAGUCUUAAUUCAUUUUGAGCGAAUACUCUUGGAUCAGCAGACUGCUAAUUAUAAUUUAUACUAGGUCAUGUAGAGGUUAUAUUAUUAAUUGACAAACAGAUAAGAGCUAAUAUUUAAUACUAUACCUCGUAGCAGGUUUUCUCUGCUCUAAAAACCGUUCUGCUUCAAUGAGACUCGUGUGUCUAGUUUAAGAACAAACAUCACUUAGUACAGUAGCAUAUUUUGUUGUAUUAAUAUUUUGGUUUACUUAUAUAUUAUACAUAAUAAUAUGUAUCAUUUGAUAACCAUAUACUUUGAUUCUACCAAAGUCGUAGAUUUCAGUCUCCUGGGACAGAAGGUUGGGAAAUCAGUAAUAAUAGCCAAUGUACUGUUUGUUUGCCAGUGGGCUGUGCCAAAUGGUCUACGUCCUUUAUCUGAUUUUGUCCUCAGAGAUGACUUUUCACUUAAUCGUAGGUUGCUUAAAAAUAUUUGAAUACGUGAACCUGAUUUAAACAUUUCCGAAUUUGGAAUAUAAACGUUAAAUACUGCCGUUUCUGCUUUUUUAAAUAAGGUGAUGGCAGUAUAAAAUGAGUCAGUAGAUUAGUGUGUUUUUCAAAUCGGCAGGUGGCUUUAAAAAUUCAUAGAACUGCAACCAGUACCUUUACUUGGGGUUCUCAAUAGCUUUCAAACCCCUGUCUCUAAUUUACUAAGUCCUCAUUACCUAGCAUUGAACAAGCAACAUCAGCUUAUUACUACCACACCACCCAUUGCCAUGGACUCAUAGUGACCAUAUAGGACAGAGUAGAACUGGCCCCUAGGGUUUCCAAGGAGCCGCUGGUGGAUUUGAAUUGCUGACCUUUUGGUUCACAGCCAUAGCUCUUAACCACUGCACCGUCAGGGCUCCUAUCAGUACAUUGGAAAAUGGUAAAUGUUCGGAAAAGGCUUAACGACCCCUUCUUAAAUGGCCCGCUUUCAUAUUUAAUUUCUCAGUGUCAUUCCUGAUUAAGGGUAAAAAAAUGACCUAAUGAAACAUGACUGAUUUUCCAAUACCAUACUAAAGAGAUGAUAAUGGGCAGGCUGCCCCUUUGCUGAUGAGUCUAGCCCAAUUUCAUAAGCAUGUGAAUGUUAAGAAUAUUUAAAUUAUCUAAAUCUUAGGAGUCCUAUUUAAUUUUUCAGUUUGCUUUUAAAUUUCUUAAGCCUGUGCUUGGUUUUGAGUCUAGUACUUUGUGUGUUGAGAAGUUAAGUUUUUAACUGGAUUUCGUUAAGUAAUUUUGGCUUCCUUAAUCAAAAAAGUCUAUUUUGACUAUGUUUUGAAAGAUACAAUUUAAUGAUUUACGUAGGCAAAACGGUUAAAAUUAAACACAAAUAUUCCGAGUGUGAUGGUGUAACGCAGCGUCGGCUGUGAGAGUGAAAGCCCUUGGAAAUGAGGAAGUGCUUGGAGGUGUCUCUUAUUUGUGAUGAGAGCAUUUUGGACUUACCUGGCUUCUGCUUCUAGUGGUCCAUUGUUGGGAAGAGAAAAGGUCGAGAGUGCUUUGCCAGUCAGUAUUUAUAAGAGGGUUCCUUUACUUAAGGACAUUGUCUUUGGGGGGAAGGUGAGGGGAGAGUUGUUACCUACAGAAGGAUGUAGGAGUUAAUAAUUUUACCCAUUGUGAUUCACUGAUUCUUGCCACCACAUGCAUCUCAGGCACUUCUCCAGCUUUGAUAUUUGUGGGCAGCUACGACUCGACGGCACUGGGUGGUGGGUUACUAGUAGAUGAAGUAUAAAAAGCAAAAAAGAUAGGGGGAGGGGUGAGCAGAGCACAAGGUUAUAUUAAACCCAAAAAGCCCCAAUCCCAUUGCCUUCAACUGGAUUCUGACUCAUAGCGACCCAGUGACAGAACUGCCCCAUAGGGUUUCCAAGGAUGUAAAUCUUUACUGAAGUAGAUUGCCACACAUCUUUCUCCCAUGGGAGUGGCUGGUGGGUUUGAACCGCCGACCUUUUGGUUAGCAGCUGAGCGCUUUAACCACCAUGCCACCAGGGCUCCUUGCCUUGUGUGAGGUGCUCCUUAAAUACAUAUGAAAUGAUCAAACACGUUGGAAAUCCCCUUCCCUCUUUGCAGUAGUGAAGAUCCCACUUAUUUUAGGACCCACGCCACUUGUGGCUUAUCUACCGAGUCAGCAGCCCACAGUGAGCUCUUGGAAUGUUAGCACUUUAUACCACACACUGGCAUUUAAUCUUUUAUGUUUUGUAUUGUUACCUAAAUGUUUUAUGUGUCUUGUUUCCCUAUCUAAAAUACAAGCUACUAGAGGGCCCAAACAAAAAAGACCCAUUGCCUUCUAGAGGGCAGGGAAUAUAUAUUUAUAUACAGUAGUAGUUUUGAAAACUUCUUGGUAUCCAGCACAAUAAUAGCCCUGGUGGCACAGUGGUUAAGAGCUAUGGCUGCUAACCAAAAAGUCAGCAGUUUGAAUCCACCAGCUGCUCCUUGGAAACCCUAUGGGGAAGUUCUACUCUGUCCUAUAGGGUCGCUAUGAGUCGGAAUCAACAGCAACGGGUUUGGUUUUUUUUUUUUGUUUAUGUAUACUGAUUGAGAGACUUAGAUUCCAUAGGAAAACAUCUAAAAUAUUAAAAAUGUGGAACCAGCCCUCAAGUAGAUGGUAUUUUAGUUGGGCAAACAUUGUUGACACACAUGACGCUGUAUGAGAAUUUGGAGCUAAAUAAUGCACACAACAAUCCUUUGAAGUAGGUACCAUUAUUAUCUCCAUUUUGUAAAUGAGGAAACUGAGGCACAGCAGAGUGAGUAAGCUACUUGCCCAAAGUCAUGCAAGUGAUAAUUAGCGAAGACUGGAUGUGAACCCAGGCAGUCUGGCUCCAGAGUCAGUGUGGUUUCUCUGUAGAGUUUUACUUUAUACGUGGAAGGAGGAUCUGAAAGUUGAGGCUACUUUCUCUUCUAUAAAGAUGUUCUUUUUUUAAAUUUCAAAGUCACGUAGAAGAUCGCAGUGACCCUGCAUUGCAGAAACAAUGCUAGAUUUUCUAGGGAGAAGAGGUUGAUAACAUGGGUAAAGGCUACUAUUUUGAGAUGACUAAAAACAAGUGGAUAGAAACCGAAUUUUGAAUCUCAGAGCCGAAUGUGGAUUACAACUCUUUGUAGGAGUUCAGUGCUAGGACAGUGAUGCACCAGGACAUAGGACAAUGAUUGUAUAAGACACUAACACCAAUAAACGUACGCCAAAUAAAAUAAUAUUGAACGGCACUUGACAUCUUACAGCCGUUCUUGCUUAAACACUUACUAGAUUGAAAACCCUCCUGGUGGUAAUGUACCAGAAUGUGGGUGUCCUAAAGGUUUCCAGUGCCAUUCCAUCCGUUUGGUUUGUCAUUAUGGGGAAUUUUGAGCCACUUUUUCAAUUUGUAUUGAGCAACAGUGAACACUGAUGGGGCAAGGAGACCUCUUCAAAUCAAGUAAUACUUCUUUGGUGAAAAAAAAAUGUAAAAUUGUGCUGUUGAUUUGGUGACAAACCUGAAAUAAUCAUUACAUGAGGGUCUGCAAACAAAAUACAACAAGAUGAAGAAAAAGAACAAUUUUUUUUUUAAUUGUGCUUUAGAUGAAGGUUUACAGAGCAAGUUAAUUUCUCAUCAGACAAUUAAUACACAUUGUUUUGUGACACUGUCCCCUUCUCGACCUUGAGUUUCCUGUUAUCAGCUUUCCUGUCCCCUCCUGUCUUUUGGUCCUUGUUCCUGGGUUGGAGUGCCUGUUUAGUCUCGUUGUGUUUUAUGGGCCCAUCUGAUCUGUGGCUCAAAGGAAAAAUGGUCUUUUCUGAAAGCCCACUUAUGUAUCCUUUCUGUUGGGAGCUGACAACAUUAUUUUGGGGCCACUGAGCAUCAACAGAGUCGCUCAGUCUAAAUGACUCUACAGAUCUGGGAGUAUGUACAUCUCCACACCCGCUGUCCAGGAAUCAGAGAAGGAAGUGCCCUUGAAUGAAGCAUGGGCCACAAACCUGGUGAGCAGCCAGAGAGGACAUGUACCUUACAGACAUCUUACUUUGGAAACAUAGUCUGGCUUCCUUGUCAUCUUUGAAUCUGAGGGGUAAUCCUAGUUUCAGCAUGUCCUCAGUAGAGACCAAAGACCAGGUUUGGGCCUUUAAGAAGUCUUCGAAACCUGUGAAACAACAACCAUUUCCCUGUGAAACAACAACCAUUUCCAGAAGAAAAUAAUAAAUCAGAUGUCUGUGAACGGAAUAUAUGGCCAAGGGACUUAUUAAGAUAUUAUGGAAGAAUGGUUAAAAAAAAAAAAAACCCUGAAGAAAAGGCAGAUUUCAAGAACAGACUCCAGUGCCAUUUAGCAUUUUCAAGCAGCUGAGAGAAGAUGGUUCUGAAAAUACGAAUGCCAAGACUCUAGCAGACUUCUUUAUACGUUUCUCACAUUAUCGUUGUUAAUCCAUCCAUUUUUGUAAUAAAAAAGCCAUUUUCCUCUACUGCACCAGCAGGAGGAGACAUCACAGCUUUCCCAGAUUGGGAGAAAAAUAUGGAAUGUGUUUUACUGCUGACUGAACACAACCAAAUGAACUAUACUGACAGUAGUUUCAAAACCAGCAGUUAGCAGUUUGUUCAGGCUCCAACAUUGCCCAGUACUUUCCAGAACAAACUCACUGUUUACAAGAACUCUCGGCUUUACGAAGUUUAUAACCUCAAGCUUUGUUUAUUUAAAAUAUUUCUGCAAAAGAAAAGUACCCGGAGCCCACUGUCCAAAAUGGCCAUGGAUGAGUAUUUGUGGAUGGUGAUUUUGGGUUUUAUCAUUGCUUUUAUCUUGGCAUUCUCUGUUGGUGCAAAUGAUGUUGCCAAUUCCUUCGGUACCGCCGUGGGUUCUGGCGUGGUGACCUUGAGACAGGCGUGCAUAUUGGCUUCAAUAUUUGAAACCACUGGCUCAGUGUUACUGGGAGCCAAAGUCGGAGAGACCAUUCGAAAAGGUAUCAUUGAUGUGAACCUAUACAACGAGACGGUAGAAACACUAAUGGCCGGGGAAGUUAGUGCAAUGGUUGGUUCAGCAGUUUGGCAGCUGAUUGCUUCCUUUCUGAGACUUCCAAUCUCAGGAACGCAUUGCAUUGUUGGCUCCACGAUAGGAUUCUCACUUGUUGCAAUUGGUACAAAAGGUGUUCAGUGGAUGGAACUUGUCAAGAUUGUUGCCUCUUGGUUUAUCUCUCCACUGUUGUCUGGUUUCAUGUCUGGCGUGCUAUUUGUACUGAUCAGAAUUUUCAUCUUAAAGAAGGAGGACCCUGUUCCCAAUGGCCUUCGGGCACUUCCAGUGUUCUAUGCUGCUACUAUAGCAAUAAAUGUAUUUUCCAUCAUGUACACAGGGGCACCAGUGCUUGGCCUGGUUCUUCCCAUGUGGGCAAUAGCACUCAUUUCCUUUGGCGUUGCUCUCCUCUUCGCCCUUGUUGUGUGGCUGUUCGUGUGUCCAUGGAUGAAGAGGAAAAUAACAGGCCAAUUGCAAAAAGAAGGUGCUUUAUCGCGCGUAUCUGAUGAAAGCCUCAGUAAAGUUCAGGAAGUGGAGUCCCCUGUAUUUAAAGAACUGCCAGGUACCAAGGCUAAUGAUGACAGCACUGUUCCUCUCACGGCGUUGGCUGGGGAGACCUCUGGGACCUCAGAAGGCACACCAGCAGGAAACCAUCCUCGGGCCUCAUAUGGAAGGGCACUUUCCAUGACUCAUGGCUCUGCGAAGUCACCCAUCUCCAACGGCACAUUUGGUUUUGACGGCCACACGAGGAGUGAUGGCCACGUGUACCACACCGUGCACAAAGAUUCGGGGCUUUACAAAGACUUACUGCACAAAAUCCAUGUAGACAGGGGGCCUGAAGAGAAGCCUGCCCAGGAAAACAACUACAGGUUUCUACGGCGAAAUAACAGUUACACUUGCUAUACAGCAGCCAUUUGUGGGAUGCCAGUGCACUCGACUUUCAAAGCUGCUGAUUCGUCAUCUGCACCAGAGGACAGUGAAAAGCUGGUGGGUGACACCGUGUCCUAUUCUAAAAAGAGACUUCGCUAUGACAGCUACUCAAGCUACUGCAAUGCAGUCGCGGAGGCUGAGAUAGAGGCAGAAGAGGGAGGUGUGGAAAUGAAGCUGGCGUCUGAGCUGCCCGAUCCCGAGCAGCCCCAGGAGGACCCCAUAGAAGAGGAAAAGGAGGAGAAAGACACAGCAGAGGUGCACCUCCUGUUCCAUUUCCUGCAAGUCCUUACUGCCUGUUUUGGCUCCUUUGCUCACGGUGGCAAUGACGUGAGUAAUGCCAUUGGUCCCCUGGUGGCUUUGUGGCUCAUUUACAAACAUGGUGGAGUACUGCAGGAAGCCGCCACUCCCGUUUGGCUGCUGUUUUACGGAGGAGUCGGAAUCUGUACAGGUCUCUGGAUUUGGGGGAGAAGAGUGAUCCAGACCAUGGGGAAGGACCUGACUCCCAUCACACCAUCCAGUGGCUUCACCAUUGAACUGGCCUCAGCAUUCACGGUGGUAGUUGCCUCCAACAUCGGGCUUCCUGUCAGCACCACACACUGCAAGGUGGGCUCGGUGGUGGCUGUGGGCUGGAUCCGCUCCCGCAAGGCCGUGGACUGGCGCCUCUUCCGGAACAUCUUUGUGGCUUGGUUUGUGACUGUGCCUGUGGCUGGGUUAUUCAGUGCUGCUAUCAUGGCUCUUCUCAUGUAUGGGAUCCUUCCGUAUGUGUGAUUUGUCUUCUUCCACCCAGUGAGCCAGUAAAGGGAUGGUCUGGUAUGGGUAUGCGUGGGAGGUGUGUCCCACGUAUCACACACACGCACACACACACACACAUCCUGUCUCCCCACAGAUCCUUUCAGAUGGUUCCAUAGGACACUGUGCACCUAGGCUGCAGAGAUUCAUCUUCCAGAACUAACUUAACUACUGUACAUAAUAAUGUGUAUUAAACUGGUAUCGUGGUGAUAUAACGUGGUGCAGUUACUUAUAUAGUAAAUAUAUAUUGUAUACAUAGAAUAGGUAGCAUUAUUUCAGACAUAUUCAAAAUGGGAGUGGAGAUCGUUGCCUAAAAUGAAACAUUCGUUACAUUUUUGUACAUAAGAUUUUGGUGGCAAUUUUUAAGAACCUUUGUAAAAGGAAAGUAUAGAUUGGGAAAUGAUUUUAUUUUUCAAAUGGUUUUUUUUUCCCGUUUAAUAUACUGUAAGAUAAAUGAGAUACAGGAUGUGUGAGACAACUUCGGGAAGGUGUGUGGAGGUCAGUGUGCUAUGGAAUAAUACUGGAACAGGAGUUCACAAGUGCUUUCCUUGAAGAAUUUGUUCAUAUACUGUGUAUUGAUUAUUGUGUAAUAUAUCGUAAUUGCUUCUGUAAAUACUUAAAACUGUAAUUUUUUAAUGGUGUACUUCCCUUACAUUUUUUGAUCAGAGAAUUUUAGAAAGUACCAAAGAAGCAGGGGAAUAGUUCGCCAGUAUUAUAUUUUCAUAUCGUUUAUCUCCCCUUGUCGUAAAUCACUACCGCUAACCUGGGAGGUAGUCACACCAGCCGUGUUUUAACCUGCCCCAGAGGAAUGUGGAGGAUCCAAGGCGCCCGUCACCCAUCAUGUCCAUGCCAUGCUUUGGGUCCCCCAAACCCCAGCACCACCCACCACUGCCGUCACACACCAGGUGUUGGUGAACCCAUGGUGGACUUCCGCCCGUCAGCAGUGCGGAGGACGCGCAAACAUUGGGGGUGUGAUUAAGCACUACAUAUCAAGUCCAGGUGAAACGUGCAUCCCUGUCCUUCCCAGCAGCCUGAAGAGCAGAAUUCUUGUCUCAAACCUUGAAGCAAAGGAGUGAGGCUUUUGAUGUUUUGACAUUCUAGAAAUUCAGGGAGGGGGGUUUGAAAUACUGGAAAAUACACUGGAUUUGAGGAUUUCUUUGAGGCCUUUACUAAGCUGAACAUCUUGAGGCUCUCUGGUAGUCCCAUUGGAUGCUCUUCUUUUUUGAUAGCGGGGGGAGAAAGGAUGACUAAUGUUAGAGCCUGAAACUAUGGAAAUGCUGCUAAAAUUUUUAUAUUGACAAACAUUUUAUCGGUACUUCAUUGCGAUUUUUCAUUAAUCAACCGUAUUAAAUUUAUAAUAAAAAAAUGCCCCUCAAAAGCUUGCCUCUGAAGUCUUUUUUUUCUAAAUAUCGACAGAAUAUUUUCCUUCAGAGUUGGCACAAAAAAAAAGCUAUAUGAUUUGGUCACUUCUGUUUUUCAAAUACUUUUUUAUCCUUUUUAUUUUACUACAAUUGCAUGUUUGCUGCCAAAAAAAUGAACAAGGAAAGAAAAGAAUGACCCGCACACCCAGCAUCCUGAAAUGCCCACUGUUGACUUACAUGCUCCGAUAACCAUGGGGUUUGUCCCUGGGUCUGGUUUUUGUUAAAGGGGCUCUCACACAUGUGUACUUCGCCUUUCCCCCUUCACUCUCAAGUUAGCCAGACUUCGGAGGAGCCAGAGUGGCCGGUGGUUGUUGGGCUAGUGGAUUCAGGUGUUGUAUUAGUUUCUGAGGGCAUCACAAAGUAGGUGACUUUAAACAACAGAAAUUUAUUGUCUAACAGUUCUGGAGGCUAGAAGUCCAAAUUCAGGGUGCCAGCAGGGCCGUGCUCUCUCCAAAGGCCCUGGGGAAGAUCCUUUCUUGUCUGUUAGCUUCUGGUAGCCCCAGGCGUUCUGGGCGUGUAUAUGCAUCUUCACAUGGUCGUCUGUGUCUCUUCUCCUAUAAGGACAUCAUUUAGUUGGGGUUAGGACCUACGCUAGUUUCUUAAGGCCUCUUGUUAAUUUAGCUGAUGACAUCUUCAAAGACUUAUUUCCAAAAAAGGUCAUGUUCACAGGUACCAGAGGUUAGGACUUCAACAUAUCUUUUGGGGUCGGGGAGGCUACAAUUCAAUCCAUGAGAGAAGUUCAGAUCUGAGGACCUAGCAGGAAAAUGCAGAUCCUAUCUCUCCUUUUGGUCAAAGUCCCCACAAAAAACAUCUGCUUGGAGCUUUAGAAGAAACUCCUUAAUCCUCUGCAUCAGGGUCACAAGCUUCUUUUAGGAGAGGAGGGAAACUGGCCAGGUAUAAAAAAAAAUUCUCCCUACAAAGAAAUUUGCCCUCUUGCAUUCUUAAAAUGGCAUUUUCAGCCCUUUAUUUCCCCACUUUUGAUAAAGCUGUAUUUUUAAAGUUCCUUUUUCUCCUAAAUAUAUUCAUAAGAAAAAUAAUAGCACAACACAGUGCAGGCAAUGUGCAGACCGAACACCUUGCUGGAUUCUGACAGCAGACAGUUUGCCAGACCUGCCCUGGGAGAAAGGCUGCUGUCUGAGUCUUGGCACAGCCGGACCUGGCCAAGUGGCAGAGGCAGAGUCCCAGGACAUGAAAUGGGACAAAGGUCACACCCACAAUAUGCAUGAAAUGUCUCAUGUCCAAAGACCUCACCAGCACUGGUUUAGAAGGCAUCUUGUCCACUGCACUCCCUCCCCGUUGUCUACUAUCAGGUGAAUGGAACACGGCUACAGGAUGGCUGCUGCAAGCUGAUGGUCUACAGAAGAAAAAAGCUUCCAGCUCCAGGGGUGACUAGGGAACUGUUCGCCAAGCACUGGGGAAGCAGAAUACCCCUUUGGUAGAUAGGUCAGCUUCAGGCAGAGGACAGGUCAUCCUAGGGGCGGGGAGGCAAUGGCAGAGGGCUCCCUGGCCUGGGACCACCAACCUACAAUUCUACCCUGAGUCUUCAUCUUUCCUUUAUUGUUGCUGGGUGCCUUCAAGUUGAUUCUGGCUCAUAGUGACCCAUGUGACAGAGUGGAAUUGCCCCAUGGGGUUUUCUUGGCUGUAAUCUAUGGAAGUUAAUCACAAGGUCUUUCUGCCAGAGCCACUGAGUAGAUUUGAACUGCCAAACUUUCAGAGCCAAGGACUUAACUCUUGUGCCACCAGGGCCUCCUGAGUUCAUUAGUCUCUUCUUAAAAUGCAAACGCUCUUCAGAAAAAGGUAACUCCUGAGUCCUUGGUAUCUUACUGUGAUUUUGUUCAUCAAACCAUGUUCCUGUGCUUAAGAGAACUAUCUGUAGUAGCAGGAGAGCAUAGGCCUGGGUGUGGAGGGGCCCUGAACUCUGCUGGCUUCUUCCCACAGUAUGUCUGGGCUCCGCUUCUCACAGGGGCAAAGACGGGACAGGGCACUGCUGAGCAUCACAAGGAGCUUGCGCUCCUCAGACAAUGUUCUUCUACAUCAUUUCCUGCCUUUUCAAAGGGACUGAACUUUUGAGCAAGUAUCUAAACACAUUUAUUCAUUUUCGACAAGAUAAUUUAAUAAAUCCUCUCAUUCAGAAAAUGGUGAAAUGUAAAGAUCAGUAGCAUCAAUGAAUUUAUUCAAUCACAAAAAAAGACCUCCUUUGCCAUGAGACCAGAAGAACUGGAUGGUGCCCAGCUACCAUUACUGAACAUUUUGAUCAAAGAUUCCAUAGAAGAAUCCUGAUCAAAAAGGGGUAAGUGCAGAACAGAAUUUCAAAUUCUCAUGGACUCCAGACAUCCUGGACCCAUGAAGGUUGGAUGACCCCCUAGAACUAGUGCCCUGAGAUAAUCUUUAAGCCUUAAACCAAAAAUAUCCUCUGACAUCUUCUUAAAACCAAACAAGUUUAGCUUAACUAGUAAAAAUGUCUGCCUUGAACAUUACACUCUUUUAAGAACUAUCUACAUGGGAUCAAAUUGACAGCAGCAACUAAAAAAAAAAAAAAAAAAGAA